GGCGCCAACUCAUCAUCAGGACAACUCUCUUGGCCCGUGGACACCGCGUCACAAGCCGAUCAUGGCGUGAUGCAAUCGAUAGGGGUUCAGCAAUCAGUGAUCGACAGGCCAUAUUGGUAAUGGAUUCAGAUGGCCUGACAGCGCGCGCCCGGUUCUUCGAACCCGUUCCUUUGGGCACUGCAUUCCUUUCACCAAUGUCUUCGACACCUCCUUUGGAUGCGAUCUUCAAAGGCCAUAAAAUACACAGGCUAUAUUUGCCACUGCAGUUUUAAAACCGCUACAAUUCUUCAGUAUCAACCAGCAAUGUCAAACCAAGGGAACAACAAUCAGAGCGAGGACAACUCCCAUUACCAUUCGCAGCAAGGAGCUCCGCAAUCCUGGGAUGUUCAUGCGCCGCAGCCUCGGUAUCCGUACCAGCAGACCCAAUUCACACAAUCCGGAUGGUCCGCCGAUGGGGCUACCAACACUCAUGCCCAGACGUAUCCCCAAGCCUCGCAGCAGACAUCACCAUUCCAAGGUCAUCCAGCAGCAGCAGCAGUAGCAGCAUCAUCAUACACACGUCAGUCAAGUAUGGCAUACGAUGGUCGACAGAACCCAGGCACUCAACAAGGACCGGGCCCCGCGACCACGACGCCUGAUGGGAGGCAAGUGGGGUGGCAUCCUCAUAGCGACCAAAACACAGCAUAUGGUCAAUCAAACACGUGGAUGCCACGAUGUGAGAAAUGCCUACAAGAUGGCGAACAGUGUAAUUGCUCUCACGGUUACCCUUGUAGCAACUGUACCGCUGCCAAUGUCCAGUGUCGCCUACCAGCGGGAACGUCGCUGACGUUUAGUCGUACUGCUUAUCAGUGAAGGUGGUCGAUUGUGGCGUUCCUGGGAUCUAGUCUUGGCAUCAGGCGACUAGUGAUCUUCAGUCAGUGCGUCGGCUCACUGAGAGGGACUAUGCGGGUCUGCAUGCAUGCGCUUGUGAGAUCUUGACCACAGGCCAUUG